GAAAAAUCCAGCAGCUCUUCUUCAACCCAGAAACCACCCAUGCAUGGCCCACAAAAUGGGUAUGGUGGACAACCUGGUGAUGUAUACAGCCAAAAACCUGGGUAUGGAUAUGGUGGACCACCUGGGAAUGGAUAUGGCGGACCACCUGGGUAUGGAUAUGGCGGACCACCUGGGUAUGGAUAUGGCGGACCACCUGGGUAUGGAUAUGGCGGACCACCUGGGUAUGGAUAUGGCGGACCACCUGGGUAUGGAUAUGGCGGACCACCUGGGUAUGGAUAUGGCGGACCAACCGGGAAUGGGUACAGUGGACCACCUGGGCAUUGCAGAACCACACCCUCAGGAGAUAUAG